GACUGCCUGAGGUUAUGAAGUCAAAGCUGACCAGAGGUCAGCCACUGCCCCUGGAAGCUCAAAUAUGGCUGCUGGCAGUAAUCGUCGUCUUCAGCAGACUCAACACCAAGUAGAUGAGGUUGUUGACAUCAUGAGAGUGAAUGUGGACAAGGUGUUGGAGCGAGAUCAGAAGCUGUCAGAGUUGGAUGACCGUGCUGAUGCACUGCAAGCAGGAGCUUCCCAGUUUGAGACCAGUGCAGCCAAGCUGAAAAGAAAGUAUUGGUGGAAGAACUGUAAGAUGUGGGCAAUAUUGAUAGCUGUUGUUCUCAUUAUCAUCAUCAUCAUUAUUGCUGCAUGUUGCAGAAGUAGAAGGAGAAAUACCAUCUGCCUCCCUUGUCUGAGAACUGGUUUUCAUCUGCCCCGGCUUCUGGCUAGGCAAAUCCUUUUUGGUGUGGCAGUUCCAAAUGCACUGCCGUAGCAGACAGGCAUUUUCCAAGUAGAGACUUUGCUGCUGGGUGAAAUGAUACUAGCGUUGGGUCAGGAUAGCAAGCCAGGGGACAUAGAGUUCAGUCUUUGGUUUGAAUUCUCAUGUAAUCCCCAAGUAUUUCAUGGGAGGACAGAGUUUCAGUUUGUGCUGUAAUACGGUAACAAACACUGCAGUAACCGUUGGUGACAGCCAGGCAGUCCUGGGGCAGAAACACCAGGUUGCAAGUGCAAAGGAAAAGUAAAACUAGGAAAACCACUGUGGGAACCUCUUAAAUCCCUCUCUACUUAUCUCUAGUAAUU